GGCCAUCUUGGCGCCGAGACUGCAUGUCCCAGGCGGCGCCGCGGCGGGAGGGGCCGCCCGCCCGCCAUCUUAGCGCUCCCUCCCCCGGUGCGGCGGGAUUGAAUGAGCUGCCGCCCGCCCGCCCGCCAGCCCAGCGCCAUGUCAGGCACCCCGAGCCGCGGCACCCCCGGCGGGACCCCGCUGUCGCCGACCCGCAUCUCCCGGCUGCAGGAGAAGGAGGAGCUGCGGCAGCUCAAUGACCGCCUGGCCGUUUACAUCGACCGUGUGCGGGCGCUGGAGCUGGAAAACGACCGGCUGCUGCUGAAGAUCUCGGAGAAGGAGGAGGUCACCACCCGGGAGGUGAGUGGAAUCAAGAGUCUCUAUGAGUCUGAACUGGCUGAUGCCCGAAGAGUUCUGGAUGAAACUGCCAAAGAGAGAGCUAGAUUACAGAUUGAAAUAGGAAAACUGAGAGCAGAACUUGAGGAGUUCAAUAAGAGCUACAAGAAGAAGGACGCGGAUCUGUCUGUGGCUCAGGGGCGCAUUAAGGAUCUGGAAGUUCUCUUCCAUAGAAGUGAAGCAGAACUCAACACUGUCCUGAACGAGAAACGCAGCCUGGAAGCAGAGGUGGCUGAUCUGCGUGCCCAGCUUGCCAAGGCUGAAGACGGUCAUGCUGUGGCUAAGAAGCAGUUGGAGAAGGAGACACUCAUGCGUGUGGACCUGGAAAAUCGGUGCCAGAGCUUGCAAGAGGAUUUGGAUUUCAGAAAAAAUGUGUUUGAGGAGGAAAUCAGGGAAACAAGAAAACGCCACGAGCAUCGUUUGAUCGAGGUGGACACGAGCCGCCAGCAGGAGUACGAGUCCAAAAUGACUCAGGCUCUGGAGGAUCUGCGGAAUCAGCACGAUGAACAAGUCAAACUGUACAAGCUGGAGCUGGAGCAGACCUACCAGGCUAAGCUGGAGAAUGCCAAAUUGUCCUCUGACCAAAAUGACAAGGCUGCUGGUGCAGCUCGAGAGGAGCUGAAGGAGGCUCGCAUGAGGAUAGAAGCUCUCAGCUACCAACUCUCUGGCCUCCAGAAACAGGCCAGCGCAGCGGAAGAUCGCAUCCGGGAGCUGGAGGAGAUGAUGGCUGGGGAGAGGGAGAAGUUUAGGAAGAUGCUGGAUGCAAAGGAGAGGGAAAUGACAGACAUGAGGGACCAGAUGCAGCUUCAGCUUACGGAGUACCAGGAGCUGCUCGAUGUUAAAUUAGCACUGGACAUGGAGAUCAGUGCUUACCGAAAACUCCUGGAAGGGGAAGAGGAAAGGUUGAAGCUCUCUCCAAGCCCCUCCUCCCGUGUCACAGUCUCUCGGGCUACCUCCAGCAGCAGCAGCAGCAGCACUUCCCUUGUUCGCUCUUCCCGGGGCAAGAGAAAACGCAUCGAGGCCGAGGAGCUUUCCGGCAGCGGGACCAGCGGGAUCGGCACCGGGAGCAUCAGCGGCAGCAGCAGCAGCAGCAGCUUCCAAAUGUCCCAGCAAGCUUCAGCUACAGGAAGCAUCAGCAUAGAAGAGAUAGACCUGGAGGGCAAAUACGUUCAGCUGAAGAACAACUCGGAGAAGGAUCAGUCUUUGGGUAACUGGAGGCUGAAAAGACAAAUUGGAGAUGGAGAAGAAAUUGCUUACAAAUUUACUCCUAAGUAUGUCCUCAGAGCUGGGCAAACUGUUACAAUCUGGGGUGCAGAUGCAGGGGUAUCUCACAGCCCCCCCUCUGUUCUGGUGUGGAAGAACCAGGGCAGUUGGGGCACCGGAGGAAACAUCCGCACUUACCUCGUGAACUCGGAAGGAGAGGAAGUUGCAGUGAGAAGCGUUACUAAAUCAGUAGUUGUGCGAGAGAAUGAAGAGGAAGAGGAUGAAGCAGAGUAUGGAGAGGAGGACCUUUUCAACCAACAGGGGGAUCCCAGAACAACCUCUAGAGGAUGCUCAGUGAUGUGAAAAAAGAAGACAGAAACUAUUAUUUGCGCUUUUUUCCCUUCAUUUAUUUCCUUUUAUUUUUGCUAUUUUUUCCCUCCGGAGCCACUGAAAACUAUUUUUAUAUGCAUCAUCUGAUUUCUUUGAAGUUUACUCCUUGGUACAUUUUUAUAAAAAAAUUUAAAAAAAAACCUUUUCUGAACAAAACUGCCAGAAUUUUUAAUAGAUUUCUUUAUUUUUCCCUCUUUGUUGAAACACUAUAUUGGAAUACAAUAUUUUUCCCCACACAGAGUUUAAAGUCUUAUGUAGAAACCUAAAGCAGAAAGGAGAUUUUUAGCUAAGAUGAGAUGAGACUCCUUGAGUGUAUGGUAAAACUAUAAUUACAUAUUAUAACCAGGAUAACCCCUUCCCCCAGAAAAGAAGUUUUAUGAAGUGGGUUCAUCUGUAGGGCCCUGGGAGAGAUUCACAGAGUGUUUCCUCCACAAUUGCAGAAAUGGUAGUAUCUUGCCUGGUAUCCUUAGGAAAAUUAGGUUCAUUCCAAACGGUGUCACACAAUUGCAGUGACACAGGGAACCUGCAUUUUAGGCAUUUCUGACUCAGGACUGUGCCAUCAUGUCCUGCUCCCUCCUGGUAAAACCAUCUGAGUCUGUCACCCCCUGAGCUCUGUGUCAUCAUUCCAGAAGAGGGAAGAUGGUAUGUUCUGCUUCCUGAAUAUCCCAUAUGCAAUCAAUUUACCAUCCUAAGUUGGAAGUGUCAAACCCAGAGUUUGAACUGUUUGAUUUUCAGGGGAUUUUGCCCUUGUGUCAAGUGAGACCCUGUUAAGUCAUGGACACAAGUUGUGAUGGUCAGUAUUUACGAUUAAUGUUUCUGACAUGUUCAGCAUUAAACACAUCGAUUAAGAUUUUAGAAAUUAAACAUAUUUAUACUUUUGGCAGUGAUAAAUACUGGGGAUUUUAAAGGUUAUCCCGUGUAAAUGUCGACUUUUUUAAUCAGAGCUAGAUGCAGCUUGUUCAUACUUCUCUUAUGUUCAAAGGGGUGUUGUCAGGUAUCCUAAGGAGCAAUAUUUACAAAAUAGUGCAGAAAUAGUUUAAUGACUUUUAAGCAGUUCAAAGGAACUGCCGCUGUUCAGGACGUGAGUGUUGCUGUGCAGUGUUCAAGUGCUCGAGGCAAAGUCUAACAAGGAGCAAAGGGAGAAUAAUGUUUUUUAUAAAAAAUGCUUUGUAUGGGUAGCAGGUGAUUUUUUAUUGCAAUUUUGUGUCUGACAGUGUCCCUUUUAGCUUAAGGUUUCUGCUGCUGCAUUUCUCUGGAGAUAAGUCUGACUCCCAUGGGGGUUCAUGUUCGUACAGUGGUGCAUCUUUAAGCACAAGGAAAAAUAUUUGACUGCUCCAAAGAAUGCACUGGCUACUGUACAAGUGAAUGUUUGUUUUUUUUAACUAGUUAUCAGUAUGGAUACAAAAUUUGGAUACCAUUUGAUUCCAGCACAGAAGCGUGUUUUUACCUGCACUCUCGAAGUCUGAUCUUGUCAUUCAAAUAGUGUAGACUCAUCAGACAAGUGACAAGGUUUGGAUGUUUUCGGUGGCUUUUGGACAUUGUGUUCUCUGAACAGUAUUGUGACUGACAGAUAUAACCUAGAAAGUCAGUUUAGUGGCUCUGACUGAUGGCUUUGUCAUGCAAGCAGGGUGGGAACAAAAGGGGCUUUAAGCUUCAGCAUUUAUUUUGCCGUUUGGAAAUAAAUCAAAGAUGCUACUUUUCUCUGUUUAAGUGGGAUGACUGAAUUGCUGAAGUUAAACUAAUAGACAUUUAGAAUUAUGUUUUAAUCCAUUAUCAGAAGAUCCAUUACAAAAAAGCAGGAUGAAGAUUUGGCUUUUUGGGCUAUGGGAUAACUCCAUUGAUGUACUUGGCCAUCUUUCUAAUGUAAUUUUCCCACUCUGCUUGAGUAGAAGAUCAAAUAUGUAGUAAAUCAUGUCUGUCUCUCUGUAAGAUGUAUCUAGUGAAAUUAUGUUUCUCAGACAUACUGUUAUAAUUAUCUUUUCUAAAUUUGUUGUUAUGCAAAUGAAUGCAAUCAAUGUAGACUUAUUUUUGCAGCACACCUUCCAACCACUGGACAGCAUUUCCCUUUCUGAUCCACAGCUUCUAGAAUAUACUGACAUAGCAUUUGAGGGCUUUUUGCUUUUCCCCUAAAGAUCUGUAUUUAUUUUUUUUUACACGGGCCAGUUUUUGGACUGCUUAUUCUUUAAGAUUGUUCUGUGAUCUUAAAUACUGAAGCAAUGAGCGUGGAGUUCAUUUGCAUUUUUUCUGUGAUUUUUGUUUGUUUCCUGUAAAGAAUGGCCUCGGAAAGGCAGCUUGAAUGAGGAAAAACCUCUUGCUACCUGAGCCAUAGUUUUCUUAACAGCUACUGUAUGGGGAGUGUGUCUUCCUGUAGCCUUAAGAACUGGUGCUUGCAGAUCUCUUGUGAUGAGCACUGUGCCCUUCAGUAACAGUCUGCAGAAUUUGUCCUUAGAUUUGGAACUGUGUCCUUUAACUCUGGAAACAGUUUAUUUGAUUCUCCAGGACCGUGUUUAGGUAUAUGCAGGUCAUACAAACCAGUGAUGGACACUGUGGGAAAGCCAGCAGUCCGAAUGUGGAUGAUUCUGUUACCACAGUGCUUUUUAAUAGGCUACUACAAAUCUGAUAACUAACUCCUGACUGUAAAUUACAAGACACAGAAGAACUACUGUAUUCCAUGUACUUUGUGUGUGUCCACCUUCUCCAGGCACCAUCCAGUCCUCUUGCUUUUGAUGCUGAGCUUCGGUCUAAUGGCGCUGUCCCAGUAAAGCUGGUGCACCAGACUGGGAGGCAGUUUUGUGGCUUUAACAAAACAAAAAGCAUUGUUUCUUUUUUUCCUCUGUCUUUCAAGGAUUUUUGUCCCAUUUUCAGGAUAUUUAAAGGUUUUUGUUCAAAUCCAGUGUUCCCUUGCCCCCCUUUUUCUCUUUGAUCCUGUAUGUGAACCACUCUUGGAGAAACUGGAGAAUGGUCAGCGGUUCUACUCCAGUGCUCAUACCUGGUGUAGAGCUUGAAGGGGAAACAGAUUCUACUUGUCUGGAGGAAAAUGAUUUUAAGGUGUCUCUGAAGAGGGAAACAAACCAGUAUAGCUUUUAUCAGAGUAGUUACUUGAGCAUAACUACCCAUAUGGAUGUUCUUAUUCCAGAAAAACAACUUUAUUCUGGAUGAAAUAGAAAAAGUUUUUCCUAUGUGUAGAUCAUAACAGAAUAUGAUAUAAAAUAUGAACAAUGCAUCCUUCCCCCUCCUAAGCUCAUACCACAUAAAAAUGCUUUUUAGAACAGGUCCAUCCAUCUGCAGACCUGUCAGGAAUGUGGUGUCCUGUGGAGUGAGGUGUGGCCUCAGAGCCCCUGGCACUUCAUGCCACUUCUUUCUCCCUUGCUUCCACAUUUGUUCCUUUAAGUGUUGCAUUGCAGUGACUUACUCCAAGGAGCAGAGUGGCUGGGAUUCCCUUGUUGCUGCACAUCUGUAUUUCCAGGGAUUCCUUUGUUGCUGCACAACUCUAGUUCCUGUGUUUCCCUCGUUCCUUGGCUCUGACAGAACCCCUCGUUUGCACUGACACGUUGCUCACUUGUCUUCAGCUCCGUGUUGCCGUUAGACAGGAGUUGGCUGCAUAGUCUGUGUUUGUAGCAGGAACCAAAAGUCUCAUGAAGAAAAUAAACAUCUGCUUCCCGUGGCUGUGAUGUAAAAGCCAGCUGAGUGUGUGUGCAGCUGGCAGCAGUGUGGGAACUGUGCUGUGGUGUGGAGCAGACUGUACUGUGAAAGGAGAUCACUGCGUGUGGUGUCUGCCCUCGAGCAACGGGACACCUCAUGUUCAGUUCAGGGAUCUUACUGGGUUUUAUACACCCUUUUUUCUUGUUUUUAAUGCUCAUCCUGUAUAAAAGCCCUUUAACUGCAACCUGAACAGAGGUUAGAAGAGACAUGUAAAAAUCCUCUCUAUACCCCAGGACAUUGGAGAAUCUUAAUUUUCUUCACAUCAGAAGGGUUUUGAUGAGGCAGGAAGACAUGCAUGCUGUAUGUUCUAGAUCUCUUGUAGCCACUUCUCUCACAUUUUCACUGUUAAGCCAUUCUCUCUCUUCUUUCUUUAUCUUCUUUUGAAAGUCUUAUCUCUAAACAAAGGCAUAUUUGAUCCUGGAUUUUAUUGACACUGUUGGGUCCAAACCCUGUGUGAGCAGGAAGCAAAGCCUUGUUGUGAACCAGUGAGCGGAAGGUGAGAUAGUGAUUGCAUUUUUCAAAGCACUGUUUUAGCUGAAUGUCAGGACAAAUGAUAUUGGAGAAAUUGUUUUCUCAUUUAAAAUGGCCUGGGAAACAGAAUUUUGAUUUGCCCUUCAAUAUGCUUAGCUUUAAACCAGUUUAAAAUUAUUUAAAGGUGUUUGGUUUUUUUUAUACAAGACCAUAUUUACAUGCAAUUAUUAUUUGUAAACAUAAUGCCUUUCUUGAAAUGCUAAGGUCUAGAAUGAAAAGGAUGGCCAAUAUUGAAAGCCUCUAUUCAGAAUAAGCAUAAGCAGUGAUUUGACUUGAAGUUGAGGAAAAU